CCGGGCGGCCGAGCGCGGGGCCGGCGCAUCGUGGCAGGGAUCAUGUCGGCCCCAACCAUGGAGGAGAGGAAAGCGUGCUGGGCGGCACGCGACGAGUUCUGGCGGUGCCUGGACGGGCACACGGAGGACGCGCCGCGGUGCGAGAAGCUGAGGCGGUCCUUCGAGUCCUUGUGUCCGCAGCAGUGGGUUAAAUACUUUGACAAAAGAAGGGAUUUUUUAAAAUACAGAGAAAAGCUGGAAUCUGAAGGGUUUCAACCUCCAGAAACUGCUGGAAAGUCUUAGAUCAGCAGAGCUCCACUUACAUGAACAUUGAGUGACCGAAUAAUACCCUGCUGAGGAAUUUCCACACAGACAUCCAGGUGGUGAAUCAGGUUUGCUGGGAUUCCUUCAUGUUCAUUCCUAGUGAAGAAGAAACAGUGAUUACGUCUGGGAGAAGACAGGUGUUCCAGAAAGCAGAAGAUGUGAGAGUCACAAUAGCAAUGAAAUACUGUUUGAAAAAUUGUCAGCCCUUAAAUAUGAGCACAAGUUGUUACUUUUUGUAAAGCAAUAAUGUAUUGCUGAAACAAAAAUAAAACUGAAUGGACAACAUGAACAA